UAUUAUAAAAAAACAUACAAUGCCAACUGACGUGCUGUUUUAAAUCAUAUCGAAAUGUUUUGCGAGUCUACGUGUUGACUUUACGUGCGUAUCCCCUUCUCGUCCAACACGAUAUCGGCCGGACUGGUUACUUACAUGAGUGUGCUGGCAUGGCGGAAUAACUGCGACUAGUUGUCCUGUCUCUGUUAUCGCCGGACGUCGUGGGUGUCACGGUUUCUUCGUAGCAUUAUUUACCGCUGUAUCAAGUGUCAAUGUUUUGCGUCGCGAUCGCAACACUGUAAUAUGAGUUCACCAUCGUAACACUAUAUUAAUGUAAGUUCGCCAUCGUAACACUAUAAUGUAAGUUCGCCAUCGCAACACUAUAACUUUUAAGAACUCCAAAACACGAACUUCAUAUGCCAUUUACAAUGCAAAAUAAAAAGCAAAACACAGAAUUUGGAAGAUGUGAAAAACACGCAAAAUACGAAUAUAAAAAAUUGUCUUAUACAGAGACAUAUGAAGUGUUACAAGUGUUACGCCAAGAUAGAUUUUUUUGUGAUAUUAAACUAAAAGCAGACGAUAAUAAAAUCGUAAUCGCACAGAAAGUGGUUUUAGCAUCGGCUAGUCCAUAUUUCCACUCUAUGUUCACCAAUUUUUCAGAAAGGAAUCAUGAUGUUGUUGUUAUGAGAGAGAUAGAUUCAACCGCUUUACAGCUGUUGGUAAACUUUGUUUAUUCCGGAAAAAUCGUAAUCACUGAAGAAAUCGUCCAGGAUUUAUUGCCAGCUUCAAAUCUCUUGCAGUUACAAGAAGUAAAAGAGGCGUGUUGUGAUUUUUUUCAGUCACAACUGGGCCCCACAAAUUGUAUCGCUGCAUACGCAAUAGCUGAUUUACAUAGCUGUUCGAAAUUGUUAAAAAGUUCAGAAUUAUAUAUUCAACAACACUUUUCAGAAGCUGUUGGUGGUGACGAAUUCCUAUCGUUAUCAUCGGAACAAGUAAUUCAGUUGAUCGCCAGUGAUAAACUUACAGUUCCAUCUGAAGAAAAAGUAUUUGAAAGUGUUAUUCGUUGGGUGAAAUAUGAAUCGGGUUCAAGAAAGCUUAUUUUACCUGAAUUAAUGGAACACGUUCGUUUGCCAUUAACAUCAAAGGAUUUCUUAUUAAAAAAGUAGCCGUAGAACCUCUUAUUAAGAAUUGUGUCAAAUGUAAAGAAUACAUCGACGAGGUAUUAAAUUUUCAUAGACAGAAGUCAAAAGACCUGAUUCCACAUAAUAUCCGGAAUAAUCCUAGACAUGGAGAUAAAGUUAUCUAAUUAGUUGUUAGUAGGUUUGAUACUAACAAAUUGAUCAGUACAAAAUUUUAUGAAAUAAAAAUAAGCCGAUGGCAUUAUGGACCUGAAAUGAUAACAAACCGUAAAAAUGCUGGUCUAGCCGUAGUGAAAGAUAAUUUAGUGUUUGCUGUGGGUGGUUCUACUGAUAUGUUUCAUCAACUUUCGGUCUGUUGAUGUGCUUGAUUUAUCUGCAGAGUCACCUUGUUGGAGAUCAAGUGUUGAGAAGUUUGUUAAACGAAACAAUGUAGGAGUUGGUGUAAUCAAUAAUUAUCUAUAUGCCGUCGGUGGACAUAAUAAUAGUGAUUCGGAAUUAGAUAGCUCGGAAGUUUUUGAUUACAAUGCUC